GUUUCAACCGGCGCCAUUUCAAGAAAAGCUAAGUGAACUAAACGCUGCGAUCCUACGCGAUCUGAGAGCACGUGUAUUUAACUGCGCUAGUCAUAAAGAAGUAUUCCGAGUGAUCGAAUUAACAGUACGUUAUUCUUAUUUGAGUACUAAGUAAAUUAAGUGAAACAAGUCAAAAUGCCCGAAGAAAUGCAGACCGACUCUGGGGAGGUUGAGACCUUCGCCUUCCAGGCGGAGAUCGCCCAGUUGAUGUCCCUCAUCAUCAACACAUUCUACUCGAACAAAGAAAUCUUCCUUCGUGAGUUGAUCUCCAACUCAUCUGACGCUUUGGACAAGAUCCGCUAUGAGUCACUCACAGACCCUUCAAAGCUCGACAGUGGCAAGGAGCUGUACAUCAAGAUCAUCCCCAACAAAAGCGAAGGUACCUUUACUAUAAUUGAUACCGGUAUUGGUAUGACCAAGGCUGACCUCGUAAACAACCUCGGUACGAUUGCAAAGUCUGGCACAAAGGCGUUCAUGGAAGCUCUGCAGGCAGGCGCUGACAUUAGCAUGAUUGGUCAGUUUGGUGUGGGUUUCUACUCAUGCUACUUGGUAGCUGACCGCGUGACUGUACACUCCAAGCACAAUGACGACGAGCAGUACAUGUGGGAGUCCUCCGCCGGAGGCUCGUUCACUGUCCGCACCGACCACGGUGAGCCCCUCGGCCGCGGUACCAAGAUCGUGCUUCACAUCAAGGAGGACCUCGCCGAGUACCUCGAAGUGAACAAGAUCAAGGAGAUCGUCAAGAAGCACUCACAGUUCAUCGGCUACCCCAUCAAACUCACAGUUGAGAAGGAACGCGAAAAGGAACUCGCUUACGAUGAGGAGGAGGAGAAGAAAGAGGGUGAGGAGGACAAGAAGGAAGACGAGAAGGAGGAUGAGAAGCCCAAGAUCGAGGAUGUAGGAGAAGAUGACGAGGAGGACAAGGACAAAAAGAAGAAGAAAACUAUUAAAGAGAAGUACACUGAGGAUGAGGAGCUCAACAAGACUAAGCCCAUCUGGACCCGCAAUGCUGAUGAUAUCACCCAGGAGGAGUAUGGUGACUUCUACAAGUCCCUCACCAACGACUGGGAAGACCACCUUGCUGUCAAGCACUUCUCUGUUGAGGGACAGCUUGAGUUCAGAGCACUAUUGUUUGUGCCUCGCCGUGCACCCUUCGACCUGUUUGAGAACAAGAAGCGCAAGAACAACAUCAAACUGUAUGUCCGCAGGGUGUUCAUCAUGGACAACUGUGAGGACCUCAUCCCUGAGUACUUGAACUUCAUCAAGGGUGUAGUCGACAGUGAGGACCUUCCUCUUAACAUUUCUCGAGAGAUGCUCCAACAGAACAAGAUCCUUAAAGUAAUCAGGAAGAACUUGGUCAAGAAAUGCUUAGAACUCUUUGAGGAGUUGGCUGAAGACAAAGAAAACUACAAGAAGUAUUAUGAACAGUUCAGCAAGAACCUGAAGCUUGGUAUCCAUGAAGAUGCCCAGAACAGGACCAAGCUGGCUGACUUACUCCGCUACCACACAUCUGCCUCUGGUGAUGAGGCAUGCUCUCUCAAGGAGUAUGUAUCCCGCAUGAAGGAGAACCAGAAACACAUCUACUACAUCACUGGUGAGAACCGUGACCAGGUUGCCAACUCUUCAUUUGUUGAGCGAGUUAAGAAGCGUGGUUAUGAAGUUGUAUACAUGACCGAGCCCAUUGAUGAGUAUGUAGUACAACAGAUGAGGGAGUAUGAUGGCAAGACUCUCGUCUCUGUCACCAAGGAAGGUUUGGAACUCCCCGAGGAUGAGGAGGAGAAGAAGAAGAGGGAGGAAGACAAGGUCAAGUUUGAGGGUCUCUGCAAGGUGAUGAAGAACAUCCUUGACAACAAGGUUGAGAAGGUGGUUGUAUCCAACCGUCUGGUCGAGUCACCCUGCUGCAUUGUCACUGCCCAGUAUGGAUGGUCUGCCAACAUGGAGCGUAUCAUGAAGGCUCAGGCCCUUCGGGAUACCUCCACCAUGGGUUACAUGGCUGCCAAGAAGCACCUUGAAAUCAACCCUGACCAUUCCAUUGUUGAGACCCUGAGGCAGAAGGCCGAGGCUGACAAGAACGACAAGGCUGUCAAGGACCUCGUCAUCCUGCUGUACGAGACUGCCCUGCUUUCUUCUGGUUUCACCCUGGACGAGCCCCAGGUGCACGCCUCCCGCAUCUACCGUAUGAUCAAGCUGGGUCUUGGCAUCGACGAGGAUGAGCCCAUCCAGGUGGAGGAGUCCAGCGUUGGGGAUGUUCCCCCACUAGAGGGCGACGCAGACGAUGCGUCGCGCAUGGAGGAGGUAGAUUAAAUCUCAGCCCGCCUAUAGCCAUGUUAUAAUGGUGUGUAUAAUGUGAUCGUAUUGCAGAAUUAUUUUGUGCACUGGUGUACAGCCAAAGACUGAUUUAGUUCAAAUUCCAUUAUUCAAAAUAAAUGGUAACAUUAACAAAUUA